AUGCGAUCGAUGAUGCGGUUGGGUAUUAUAGCGCCUGCCUAGCCUUUGCUCCUUCCUUUUUGCUGAAUGCGUGAGCCAUGGCCCCGACUAAAAAGCAGGUUGUUAGGAAGACAGGUGGGAAGAGGAAGAAGCAGAUCCUGAAGUUCACCCUGGACUGCACUCAUCCUGUUGAGGAUGGCAUUAUGGACGCUGCCAACUUUGAGCAGUUCCUGCAGGAGCGCAUCAAGGUUAACGGCAAAGCUGGAAACCUUGGCGGUGGAGUGGUGUCCAUCGAAAGGAGCAAGAGUAAAAUUGCAGUGAACUCCGAAGUUCCCUUCUCAAAGAGGUACAAAACACCAUGCAGCAAUUAUAUGGUCAUGCUCUUAAACAGCAGUUAUCAAACCUUUUCUAUGGAGCCUCACUUCUAUAUUUCCACCCUCCAUCACGCAUAUCCAUAUACACUGAACAAAAAUAUAAAUGCAACACUUUUGUUUUUGCUCCCAUUUUUCAUGAGAGGAACUCAAAGUGUCUAUAAUUUGAACUUGAAAUGGGUCACGGGAGACCCGAACACAACAUAA